AGCCAGAGAGCAGAAUGAGCUCCCUGGCUUUCAGGAGGGUGUGUUCCUGCCCCGGUCCUGCCCCAUGCUUGUUGUGUGGAAGGGCUUGUGGCCUUGCCAAGGCUGAGAGCUGAGACUGGGAGAGGAGCACUGCACUCUUUGACCUGGGUCUGGGUCCCCCUUUUGGAUUUUCAUAGCGUCUUUUCCCAGCAGCUGGGCCCCACGCAGCUGCGUGGGAUGGCAUUUGGGGUGUCCCCAGCUGUAUUUCCUGCCAGGGAGCACCAGGAUUAAAUGGGAGCAGCCCUUGAGCUGCUAGGUGCAACCCUCCUGCCCUGCAGGUACAGGAGUUGGGCUGGCACCAACCUCACCAUGGCAUUGCACGCAGCAGCUGGAGCCUCUUGCCACACCUGGAUGCUACCUUCACAAGCAGGUGGAGAGGUAAAAGCUACCUGGAAGGGCUGGGAUCCAACCCCUGCCCCAGUGCCACCCGCAGCCUCUCGGGGACAGAGGUCCAGGGCCUUUGGCACUGGGGUUCAGCUCCAGGACCACAGCACCCAGCACAGGCAGCGAUGGGUUCCCUGUGCACGUUUCUGUUCCAGUGGAGAGCAGACCAGCAGCGUUUGCUGCCCGGGAUAGCCAUCAGAGCCCGGUACCCACUGCUGCCCUGCUUUCCUUUCCCUCUCCCAGCUGCAGGGGCAUUCAAUGCAGCAACAAUCGAGGCAGCGGGGCUGGUGGAGCACUCAACGUGUCCUGGCUCUGUGGCUGCCCCAUGCCAGGGGGUGGGUGGGCCGCUGUGACGCCCAGCAACCCACCAACGCAAAUAGCCGGCGGCUCCUCCACCCCGCUCCCCUCCCGGCUCGCGCAUGGGCUCCAAUUUCUCGGCGUCAGCCUCUGCCAGCGCUCAGCUGUCGGCUCCCCUCUGGCCUGUCACUCCCGCUCUCCACAGGACUGGGGUGGCUGCCCCCCUCCCUGCGCACCCAGCACAUUGGGCUGGGGGCUCCGCAGCCAGCAAAGGCUCUUGACACCGGCCGCCCCUUGCAGGGUUUUUCGUCGCGGGACGUGAGCUCUGAACACGGCUAUGACAGAGAAAGAAGUGCCAGAGCCGCCAGCUUCACCUGCUUCAGGUGGGAAACCCAAGAGCCGGCUACAGAAGCUGAAGCAACUUUUCCAGCGAAAACCCAAGGAGGAGGCGGCGCCAGAGCCACAGCCCAACGGGGAGCUGGUCAGCCCCUCAGGGGGACCCAUCUACUACAUCUAUGAGGAGGAGGAAGAGGAGGAAGAGGAGGAGGAGCCUGAGCCCCCUCCUGAGCCCCAGAAACUUGUCAAUGACAAACCCCACAAGUUCAAGGAUCAUUACUUCAAAAAGCCCAAGUUCUGUGACGUUUGUGCCCGCAUGAUCGUCCUCAACAACAAGUUCGGCCUGAGGUGCAAGAACUGCAAAACGAACAUCCACCACCACUGCCAGUCCUACGUGGAGAUGCAACGCUGCUUCGGUAAAAUCCCCCCAGGGUUUCGCCGGGCAUACAGCUCGCCCCUGUACAGUGACCAGCAGUACGCCUGCGUCAAGGAGCUGCUCUCAGCCAACAGGAGCGACCCCGUGUUCGAGACCCUCCGGACAGGCGUCAUUAUGGCCAACAAGGAGCGCAAGAAAGGGCAGGACGACAAGAAAAAUCCUUUGGCUGCGAUGAUGGAUGAGGAACCCGAGGCCACAAAGCCAGAAGGGGGCAAAACGGAGGGCGGCACCUCUGAAGGGGACAAGAAGGCUGAGAAGAGCACGACAGACGAUAAGAACAAGAAGCCCCAGCUGGGGAUGCGUGGUGGCUAUCUGCAGUCUCACUAUUUCGUGGCGCUUUAUCGCUUCAAAGCCUUGGAGAAAGAUGACCUGGAUUUCCCGCCAGGGGAGAAGAUCACGGUGGUUGAUGACUCCAAUGAGGAGUGGUGGCGGGGGAAGAUUGGUGAAAAAAUUGGCUACUUCCCCCCGAACUUCAUCAUCCGGGUGCGGGCCGGUGAGCGGGUGCACAAGGUAACUCGCUCCUUCGUGGGCAACCGGGAAAUUGGGCAGAUCACGCUCAAGAAGGAUCAGAUCGUGGUGCAGAAAGGUGAGGAGGUGAACGGUUACGUGAAAGUCUACACCGGCCGCAAAGUGGGGCUCUUCCCUGUGGACUUCCUGCAGGAGAUCUGAGCGGGGCAGCAUCCCGGGGCCCCCCAGCAGGGGGGACGGAUGGACCCUGGCUGCGGGGAGCUGCGGAGCCAGGCAGGGAUGGCUGGCACCCUGUCCCUGAUGCCUGUGGCGAUGGGGCCUUCGGUGGGGACCGUCUCCACCAGGACCGGGCAGGCCGGGGGCAUGGGAGAUGCCUCUCUGGGGCUGUUCCCCUCUGGGGCUUUUGGUGCCCGCAGAGACCCUGGGUGUAAGGAGGGGGCUGCUUGGAUGUCACCCAGCUCCUGUGCCUUGGGUGGUGGAUGACUCGGGGGUGUCAAUGGGGUCCUGUCCCAGUGCUCUGGGCUGUGUAAUUCUGUGUUUUGGCAAUACAUGUCUGCUCCUGA